AGUAUUUUUUUUAAAUGAAUGUCAUUUAGUGAUUCCUACUGGUUUUUUUUAUGAGCUGUGUCAAGUAUAAUUUUCGCGUGUGUUAUGGACAAUAAUUCUGAUGUAGAAAAGUACUGCGAUAUAAUUAAGUAACAUGGAAAAGCAGUUUGUUGAAAAGACCAGUAUAAGUAAUAGAUGAUGCACGACGGAAUUUAAUAAAUCAUAUUCCGAAAUAUAAGGACAUGUUAAGUGCGCAGUGUUUUGUGGAAUAUUAAUGAAAUGGAAUAUGUUCGUUUUCAAGACAUAUGUGGUUUAUAUUUAACUAUUUAUAGUAUAAAUCAUUUAUCAUGAAGAAACCACGUGCGGAAAGGGAUCGCAUUCGCGAGAGAGAAAGACAAGCCAGAGCUCAUAUGUCACUACAAGCCGAACGUGAAUCUGAACCAGAACACCAAUUAUUUGAUGCUCCAGUUAAAAUAAGCCCAUCAUGUACUGAUGAUAUGGGACAACAGAUUCAGAGGAAAUUAGGAAAUUACGAUAGAUUGUGGACGGAUGAUAAAAAGCGUUAUAAACAUGAUGGAAUACCAUCUUCAAAUUUACUCAGUAAUGGGAUGCAGAACAGAUCUCAACCACCCGAAUUUAAAAAGCCAACUGGAAAUAUGUGCCCUGGAUCAACAUCUCAGCGGAUGUCUUCUAAUACUCUAAAACCUUCUUCAUCAUAUAGGAGUAAUAUUUACAAACCUACUUGCCCAAUUGAUACCAGCAAACAUGUACCAAGUGUUAAAACUAAUAGUAGUUCUUCAUACCAUAUGCAGCCCAAUAAAUAUUCUGUUAGCAAUCUUGAUAACAGGAAUGGGUUAAAUAAAAAUUUAACCUUAAAUACUAAUAUGGGAAACUAUCAGAAUACGGUGAGAGAGAUGCCCUCUUCUUAUGCGAAUAACUGUGAUGUAGGUCUGCGUGGUAAUGAAGUUGAUACUAUUUUGAAGGAAAUGACCUCAUUGCCCUUAACCCCACUAACUUCUAUUGCUGCUACUCCGGGAAAAGAAAUAGAUCACAAAUUUGAAUUUAACAGUGGAUUUGUAAAAGUGCUCGAACCAUGUCCUCGGAAGCCAAGUCCAAUUCCUAGUCCUACAUAUAGACAAAGGCAUUCUUCUGGGAGGCAGUCCAUGGAUUUAGAGCGUGAUUUAAGUUUAUCUGAUGACAGUGAUGAAGAUGUCACUCAUCCCACAAAUUAUCAACCAAAACCAAUAAGCAAUCCGCCUGUGGCUAUAUGUGCAUUGGAAGUUAAACCUAUCGUAAGGAGUCCAUCUCCAGCUUGUAAUAAUAACUCCAGCAGCAAUGACACAGGUGAAUCUGGUUCAGAGAGUUCCAGUUCCAGCGAUGACACUACUGAAGAAACUGCACCUACUAAAAAUGAUCCAGAAAUAUGUACGACGCAUACACCUGCCUUAGUAUCUCCGUUACCUGAAAUUGAAACUGAAUCGAAAACUCGCUGGAAUUUAGCUCCUUCUUUAAUAAAACCGAGAAUACUCGCGAAUCUCCCAGGCAUACCAAACACUAUAGAGCAUGUAGACAGAUGCCCUCCAUCAUCAGUAUUAUUUCAAAAAAGUUCAAAAAAUCAACCAGAUGAAUUAGACUGUUUCAGUUGCACAAAAGAUAUUGAAGAG